GUUUGAGUCGUCAUGUUGGUACACAAAUAACUUACAGAAAUAACUUUUUGUUAAUGUUUUUGAAAGAAUACAAUUUUGUUUUGGUUUUUUUUGUUUGGGGAUGGAGGGGAGAGUUAUCGGAGCAGGGCCGUACAGAGCGACCAAGCUGUGGAAUGAAACCAUUCAGCUCUUCCGGGGAGGCCUGCCGUUAAGACGACACUGGGCACACUUCCGCUAUUAUGAUUGCACAUUCACAGGGUCCGAGGCCGUGGAUUUUCUUCACCAGCUUCUGCGGCAUAACUGCAAUUUUGGGCCAGAGGUGACUCGCUACCAGACCUUACAGCUGCUCAGGAAGUUUCUUAAGGCUCACGUUGUUGAAGACAUCAAGGGACGUCAUGGAACUGAGGAUUUUGAAGACAAUAGUCAUUUGUACAGAUUCCCCACUCUAUCCCCCCUGAAGUCUUUUCCAUCAAGAUCUCUGUCAAGAGACAGUACUGACCUGCCGAGACUCAUUCGCUGGGAUGACUACGAAGAGUUACCACAGCAGGAGAACAUAGCGCCCGUGAAGUCUGCUGGCAUGGCUUCAGAUUUUUGGAACAAAAGGCAUAGUGUAGCCAUCGGAGAUGUGCAUGAAUGCAAGCUCAUUCGUAAAAAAGACAUCACUCCCAAACAAGUCGACAACAUAUGGAAAUCAAUGACAGCUGCACAUUUGCAGCGAGUGUUGGGCCUGACAACAUUGGAUGGCGUGUUAAAUCCAGCACACGUGAAAGGCGAAUACAUUGUGCAUAAUGUAUUCAAGGUCAAUAAGUCGGGCAUUGUUGUGUUGGAGAACAAAAGCGAUGACAUGCCCUACUGGGUGAUAUCAGCAAUGAAAUGCUUGGCUAACUGGCCUAACCAAAAUGAAGCCAAUCAACCAGUGUACAUGGGUUUUGAGAGAGAUGUCCUGAAAACAGUAGCCGAUUACUUUCAGAGACUCAAAGAACCCUUGCUGACUUUCCGUCUGUAUGAAGUCUUUGUCAACAUACUCAGUUUGCUACACGAACAAGACUUAGCCACUGAGGCUCUUCAAGUCAGCACCCUUUUAUUGCCGCCGCCCAAUCGAAGGCGUCUCCAACUAUUGCUGAGACUCAUGGCGCGGGUCUCCCAGAACACUCAAUUGCCUCCAUUCAAUGACGCGAUUGCCACCCGCACACUGAUGGUGCAAAUGUUCUCUCACUGCGUACUGGGCUCUGUGGAUGAGAUGGACUUGGAUGAGCUGCUUGCCUCCAAAUUGGUGACUUUCAUGAUGGAACACCACAGCACAAUCUUUCAAGUGCCCGCCAAGCUGCGUUGCCAAGUUGAGGAGCACCUUUCCCACCUCAGAAGAGUUCAGAUAAAAUAUGCAGGUUCCGAUACAGACUUCAGCACACCUCCAGCUUUUUGUAAACUCAUCAGCCAAGUGAAGUCAGAAGAGCAGAAGGUGAUUGGCACACAAACUCCGCUGCAGGAGCUGCUCGAAGGCCUGAUUGCCGACAAAGACCUUCCCGCCAAGGACAAAAGGAAAAGGCUUAAACAGGUAUGCUCUUAUAUGACCAAAGAAGCUACUACAAAACUGAUGCCAAUGCAAUACGCCCAUUUUCAUUUCAGUUCCAAAAGUCUUACCCAGAAAUCUACCGCAAUCGAUUUCCCUCUGAGGAAAGUAAAGCUGCUGUCAUACCUGAGAAAACCACUGGCCUCAAAACUCAUCUCAUGUUUUUUAAUCUCAAGAAACCCUUUUCUCCUUUCCAGAGAAGCUGGAGUUUUAGGGCAUAGAAACCCCCCUAACUCAUAUUCUCGCAGGUUUUCUGAUUUGCUCGGUGUGUUUUCACUGCUUUCAAUCAAGUUGCAGAAUCAAAUUUGGAAAUACGGUAUAUGCUUUUAGAAAGUGACAACCUAUAUGGAAUGUUUCCAUAGAUUUGAGCAUACUUUGUUUUUGUUUAGCACCGUGUGUUUACAAAAUGGUUUGUUUCACACAUUUGGGGGAAAGAGGAAGGCAACAAAAAUAUUUUGUUAGGUACUUUCUUAUGGAGAUUUAUAUCUGAUAUACAGAUUGGACCUCAAUAUACUUGAAAAAAAAAGACAGUAUUAACUAGGGGUGCAUGAAAAUUACCGGCCUGAUACAAGGAAUGAUGACACACAGAUAAAGCCGAUUAAAAAAAUGUUUUUUUUAAACGGUCCAAUGAGGCAAGAUUACCCAUACUGUGCUUCAGUAGGUGGUUUAGGGUGAAUAAACCAUGUGCUCCUACUUCGUAGUAGGUCCCAACUUCCCUUAAGCUCACUAAACCUCAGUUCAAACAAACAUGGCGUCGGUUGUGUUUGACUUUUUACACGUUCAAAGGAAGACAUCAAAUGUCCUGUAAACACUCAGCCAGGAAGAAGAAAAAAAAACACUUGCUUUGACGCAUCAAACCUCACUCGCCUCCUUAAGACGCAGCCAGAACCAUGCCUUAAAACUGAACUUCAUUUUUUGGGGGAAUUUUACCUAUUGUUCACAAUCAUUAUUUGAGAAGAAAACACACAUUUUAUUUUGUAUUUUUUAGGACUCUAAAGAUGAUAAAAACGCUAGCAAAAUGUGGCUAAUGGGUGUCACAAUAUGCAGCCUUCAAAACCCUCUAAAAUAACUUCAAAACCCACUCUCAACCUGUCAUGUACACACUUCAAGUACCGGUAUAUAUAUAUAGUGUCGUAACAGACAUAUUCAUAACAAUAUGUAAUUUGUACAAUAUUUACCGUAUUUUGGUAAUUUUAAGCAUAGCGGGAACUUCUUUCCUCAGCGCGUUUAUUUCUAUUUCCAUAGCAGCGCACUUUCGACGUCCGGCAACAAACGUUAGUGCUUUGUAAUCAUGGCAGACUUGGUAAUAGAAGGGGAAGAUGACUAUUUUUGACGAUUCACAACCUUAUUUUUUUUAACCUGAAUAUACGGACGAUGAACUACUGGUUAUAGAAGCAAGCACGAAGAAAAGGGUGAAACUUUGGAGCAGUUGGAAGCCAAGAGAGUGAGGUCGGCGUGACUUGACCUUGUAAAUGUGGAACUUUGAGCCCAGAUAGGCCGACAGAAAUGGCGUACUUACCCAAAAUCAACAGGAAAAACGUCCCCGGCCAGCUGGACCAAAUGGACAACUGUCCAUCGAGUAAGUCACUAUAAUAUUGAUCAUGAUACAUGCAGCACGUCAUGCGUUUUAUUACAACUACAGUACAUACGAUGUCCAGCUAGCAGCGUACAAACAAAACGUGAAAUGUGGGCUAAUACUUUACAGAUACUCUAAUAUGAUUGUUCAUGUUUUUCAGUCAUUUCAGUAUGGUGUCUUAUUGCAUUGUGUUGUGCAUUACAAACGCAAAAGCCAUUCAGCUGUUGACGCAGUAGCCAGUUUAUCCCUUGCCGGAGCUACCUUACGGCUAAUGCCGUCGCAAGGCGAUAUGUUACUACGCUAGAAGAAGAGUUCCUCAGUGUUCGCUCUUACAAUAACAAAGUCGCUACAGCUUAGUUAUUAUACAGGUUACAGAACAUAAAUGAAGUAUAAUUGGCGGUUUCUGCAUGCAGUUUCAAAGUGAUUUAGAGGGGUAGUGAUUGACCGCAUUAACUGCAUUGCUAUUCACCUAGAACAAGCCAAUUAUUACAAAUUAGAAUGCA